UUCAAUGUUGCACCUGAAAACUUUCUGUGAUGAUGUUUCCACCCGCAACCUUUAUGAGGAAUGCAAGAAGCUUCUCUGGCUCAAAAACUAUUUGGAAAGUUAACUCCAACCUUUAUUAUGACGUGUUUUUAAGGAGAUUAGCAGUCAUCCGGCUACUUUUGGAAAUUUAAGAGUCUCUGCUUCAAGAACAUACUACACAUGGCCCAGACGUCAAAGACUGUUUUGACUUUAGACCAUAAUGCUGCCUCUGCACUUAAAGAAGGCAUCAACUUUGUGAGAAGUAAAGAAGAUGGCAGAUGUUACAUCAUCUACAAGGAUAAGCAGUCUUUCCGGGCAUGCAAGAACCAAUGUAAACAUCAAGGGGGAAUAUUUAUGAAAGACAUAGAAGAUUUAGCUGAAAGAACAGUACGUUGUACCAAACACAACUGGAAGCUCAAUGUCGCCACCAUGAAAUAUGUGAACCCUCCGGACAGCUUUACACAAGAGGAACUUGCCAUUGAAACUAACGAAAGUGGGGGAAUUCAGCUCAUUGAACUGAGUCCUCCUGAACCUUGGCUGUCUGACCCUCGGACUCCAGAAGAGCUUGAAUAUGGAGAAGUGUUGAUUACCUAUCUAACACAUGCAUGCAUGGAGCUGAAAUUGGGGAGUAAGAGAAUGCUGUUUGACCCCUGGCUAACAGGCCCUGCUUUUGCAAGAGGAUGGUGGCUUCUGCAUGAACCCCCUGCAAAUUACCUAGAAACACUUUGCAAUGCAGAUUUAAUAUAUAUAAGCCACAUGCACUCUGACCACCUCAGCUAUCCCACUCUAAAGAAGCUGUCAGACAAGCGUCCUGAUCUACCAAUAUAUGUUGGAGACACCUCAAGGCCUGUGUUCUGGUAUCUGGACAGAAGUGGAGUGAAGCUGACCAAUGUAAAUGUGGUUCCUUUUGGAGUUUGGCAAAAGGUUGAUGAGAAUCUGCGGUUUAUGAUUCUAAUGGAUGGUGUACAUCCUGAAAUGGACACUUGCAUUAUUGUGGAUUAUAAAGGUCACCUGAUUCUGAACACCGUGGACUGCACGAGACCGAAUGGAGGAAUCUUGCCACGCAAUGUGGAUGUCCUCAUGAGUGACUUUGCAGGAGGUGCUUCCGGAUUUCCCAUGACCUUCACUGGGGGAAAAUACACAGAGGAAUGGAAGGCAGAGUUUAUAAAGAAUGAACGAAAGAAGCUGCUAAACUACAAGGCACAGCUGGUGAAACACUUACAGCCCAAGUUAUAUUGUCCAUUUGCAGGAUAUUUUGUGGAAGCACAUCCAUCGGACAGGUACAUAAAGGAAACAAACAUAAAAAACAGCCCUGACGAGCUCAACAGGCUCAUCAGAAAACUGGACGCAUCUAUUAAUACAUGGACACCCAAACCGGGAGCAGUGCUGGAUCUCUCCAGAAUCCUGAAAGAUUCUUCAGACAGUAAAGCCAUAUUUGACCCACCUGCUGGGACAAAGUUGUACAAGGACAGCUGGGAGUUUCAACUUUAUUUGGAUGAGAUAAACUCUGCUAUCAAAGCAAAGAUCUUCCAACACAAAGAGUGGAUACAUUUUUACUUCCAAUGGGCAGGGUUUAAUAACUAUGAUCUAGUUGUACGGGUGAUCGAAACAGAUGAGGAUUUUAAUGCUUUUCCCGAUGGAUACGACUUCUAUGUAGAUUUCCUAGACCUCUCUUUCCCCAGCAGAAGGCCUGAACGAGAGCACCCUUAUGAGGAGAUAAAGAACAGAGCAGGAGUCAUGCGCCAUGUGGUUAAAAAUGGACUAUUAUGGGAUGAUCUUUACAUUGGCUUCCAGAACAGACUCAGCCGAGACCCAGACAUUUAUCACCACAGGUUUUGGAACCAUUUCCAGACAAAUCUACCCUUGACCCCUCCAGACUGGGAUCUGUUCCUGCAGCGGGUGAAUGGGGGAAAGGAGAACAACAAUGAAAACUGAAGCUGCUGACAAUUGAAGAACCGUACUUUUACUUAACAUUGUGCUGUAUACCAGCUUUAACCGUUACACAAACAACACAUGAUUUGUGUGUGUUGUUGAGCUAAUUUCUUACUAAUUACUGCUGAGACUUUUGGAAUCACAUUUGAAAUCUGAUAUUUAUUUAGGUUAAAUACAAUGUACUCUAUUGUAUGAUUCAUGAAAUCUGCUUCCUGCUAGAGAUUUUAUCCUAAUCAUAGACUGUAAUCAUAGUGUUAUAGGCUGUCUCCAGGAAUGAUGUUAGAACUUAAAUUUUUCUGGUUAAUUGUGUGGGGAAAUACUUGACAUUAUUUAAAUGUACUUUUUUUAUUAUCAUCUUUACAAUGAAGGGGUCUGCUAAACUUCAAGAUAUUUGCAGUUACUACAGUAAUUAACUUACUUACAGAUAAGCACAACUGUAAUAGCACACAAUAUGACAUAUAGAUUCAUUUAUAAAACCAUUUAACCACAAUGCUGGUUGUUUACAACUUAACUAAGAAUGAUUGAAAUAUGGAUUAGCAAUAUUUUUAUGGACCUUGAUUUUUUUUCAGAAGGGCUAUUCAUAUUUUAAGUGGCCCUUAAAAUUGUAGAGGUAAAAUAUUAAAAUCUGACAAUUUUAGUUAAGGGGUAAUGAGAAAAUCUUUGUGUUUCUCUUCACCGUUUUAAAGAUACUGUUGCUUUUAGACAACUGUACAAUGACAAUGUUUUUAAAGAAAGAUAUGAUCCCUCAAAAAACAAAUUGUUUGCUUUCAUCAAAUUUUGAUAGUUAUGCACAGAGAUCAUCUUUGUGCAAGGAACAACUGGUGAAUAAUGAUAGGUUAACUUUUUGUAGUAGCAGUAUUUUAGAUGGUGAAUAAAAACACUUCAUAAAAAUAAAACGAAAAUGAAAAACAAAAAAUAAAAUGCACAAAAUAUUUAUUCAAUUUUAGACAGAAAAAGCAAAAGCUUUUUACCAAAAUUAAACCACAUGCUCCUCCUUUUUUGCUCUUGAAAAACUGAAUAUUGUUACAGACCACCAGGGGGAGAUAUGAAGAUAUAUAUAGCGGCCCGAAAUCAUCAAGUAGAAGCUCUUAAUAAAAGUAUUUUUAUUAGCUUAAUCAUUCCAUGUAUUCAGUAUGACAUAAAUCAAAGGAAAGCAUCAUAGACUAUUUAAUUUUACCAUGCUUAAUACCAUGUAUUUAGCAUUUUAGCUAUUUAAAAUCAAUUAAAAAAAUUAACACUAAUAUUUUUUAAUCUAUUUUAAAACUUUUUAGAUUAUUUUAAAUUGUUUGAUUUAAAAUCAUAUGUAUUCUAUCUUAAAGUUUCUAAAUUAUUAAGAUACCAUGGGUUUGUUAGCACUAGAACCGUUUUGCACCUCAAAGCUUUGUGAAUCUACAGGUACAUGAAAGCAGGAAUGUUUUACUCGGUUUUAUCUGUUUUAGAAGCAAAUUCUGAUUAAUAAACGUUUGUACAAUGAGUCUAAUAGAUAUGUAAUUUCUGCAAUAACCUGAAAAUAAAAGGUGAAGAUUUCAUGGA